GUGCUAAAUUUUGGUGGGUAAAUCAAGAAAAUAGACAAAUUAUUACAGAAAAUAUGACUUAUUAACAUAAAGUGGUGCUUUUGCCAAUUUUUCAAAAUCACAAUAAGUAUCCCUUGUUAUAUGCAUGAAAAACAUUGAAAAUUCACCCAUUUACAAGUGAUAACUGUUUUGUAAGACUGAUUAUUAAUCAAACUUCCAAUUUUUUGUUGCUUUGGGCAUUCAUGAUUCACAUUCUUAAAAAGAAGGAGGUUCACCUGUAAGAUUUUCAGGGUUAAAAAAUCUGUAGAGUCCGUAACCAUGGGUUUGUAUCUACAUAUGUAUUAAUGACAGAAAUGUGGCAUUCCACAAAUAAAAACCUCUGUAUGAGUAUGUUUAAUGGCUGAAAUAUUUUUGGAAUAUUUUGAUUUUAAGUUGCAUUUUUUUACAUAUUUAAUGUUACGGACACUACAAAAUCUGCCUUCAAAUUUUGAUUUGAAAUUUCCAUUGUUUUCAAUAGCAUAUUUCCUUAUAUUUUUUCAUGGUAAAAGCAAUUUUUUUAUUGUGCAAUAUUGCAUCAUCUUUUAACUAUUGGAAAAUACCAAUAAAACGGCUGAUGCAACAAUAUUUGUGAUGAAUUAUUGCAUCAUCCAAAACAACCGCCUUUCUAAGAAAUACAACAGUCCAGCUGUAAUGAUGGAAUCAGCUAAGAAAAUGGCUUAUUUUGGGUAAUAGUCGGUCAGAUUCCAGCAAGAAGUCCUUUCAAAUGGAAAACACUAAAGGUGUUGGUUCCAGUGAUGCUCUAGAAGAGAGCCGAAAAUCAUCACUGCGAUCCCGGAAACUUGAAAAAAAUGCUGAAAUGAAUGCUGAAAAGAAUGAAGACAUAGAAAUGAAGCAAAAGGAGAAAAACAGGCUGAAAGUCAAGGCAUGGAGAACGCGUCAGAAAACAGAAAACUCCACAAAAUAUUCUGAAAUCAAAAAGAAAGACACAGAAAGAAAGAAGGAAGCUCGAAUGAAAGUGAAACUCAUGGCCAAUUCAGAUCCUGAAUUAAAAGCCUCCUUAAGAAAGAAAAAAGCUGAAGAAAUGAAAAGAUACAGACAGAGAAAAAAGAUGAAAACAACAUGUUCUUCUGAAGAUCCUGGUGUUAAAAAGAGUAAGAAACCGGCUCUGGAAGAAAAAAAGAAAAAAGCUGUGAAGCGAACACAAGCCUGGAGAAUGCGAAUUAAACUUAAGUCUCCUACAAUUCCAAUUGUUAACACAGUAACAGGAAAGUUCUUGGUAAUGCUGAAGACGUUUACCAAUUUUGUCAAGAAACUCUGAAUAUGGAAGUAGUGGACACUGUAAAAAGCACUCUGUCGAGAAGAGAAUUUGUAUUUGUUGAAAAUGUGAAUAGAAACCGACCAGAAACAAAUGUACAAACAUUAACUGGAACACGGAAGCUGCACUCUGUUAAGUCUGUUGGUAAAGACUAUGAGCUGAACUCAAGGAAACUUAGUUGUUACUGUGAUGCUUGUGUGAAUGGUGUAACAUCAAAAUGUGAGAAUGUAGACAUAGUUAAAAUAAGUGGGAGAAAAGAAACCUUGAUGUUAUUAGUAAAGUCCAAGAAAAACUAAAUGUAAAGAAGAAACAACCAUCUAACAAGGAGCAGCCUAAAGCAACCUGCAAAGAACAAACAAAAGGACAGAAACAAAUAACUUUGAAAAGAAAAUCGGAGACCAAGCAACCAAAAGCCAAGAGGAGAAAAAUAGAAGAGACAGCAGCAACAACAUCCCAACAAGAUACAGCCUUUCAACCUGGUGAUUUUGUUACCGUUGGGCUCAAACCGAGAAAAGGACCCAUAAGUGUUUACGUUGCUGAAAUUACAAGUAAAUCUGAAUCAGAAUAUGGGCUUAAAUAUAUGAAGAAAGCUGGAAACGCAUAUGUGUGGCCUGAGAAGUCAGACGUUUCUCAGGAGCCAACAGAACAUAUCAUUUCAAAGCUAGAAGCUCCUGAACUUGUCAAUGAAAGAGGUCAUUUUAAAUUCAAUACACAGGAACUCAGCAAAGUUAAAGUUAAUCUGUUGAAAAUACACAAACAUGUGUAUUUCAAAUAGAAAAUGUUGAG